AUGGAGGGUUUUGGGAAGGCUCGGGGGAAUUUCCGAAACAGAUUUUGGGCCCCUAUAGAAGCCUCUAUACGGGUUGAAAGGUUAUUUUUGCCAUCCAAAUCGAUCCUUGGAGUCAUUGUGGCGGCUCUUGAGCAUUUAGCAAGACCCGAAGCCCCAGGCCUAGAGGUCUCCUGGACCAAGACAAGAUUCGGAUUUUUGGGGGCCUCCCAGGAGUCAGUAAAGGGUUGGUCUGGCACAGGAGCCGACUCGAUCACAAAGCUUUUUGGAGUGUCGGGCCUUUCCCCUUCCGUCCCCGCACUCUCCCGGCGAUCACGGUCCUCCCUUCUGCGGGUUUGGUGCCCGCCCGCUCCUCCCUUCCCUCUACUCCGGUACUUCUCCGGGGGUGCCUCGGCAGCAGCUCCCCCGGGGUGUCCCGGCGGCAGCUCCCCCGGGGGUGUCCUGGGCGGCACUCCUCCGGAGUCCUCGGCGGGCAGCUCCCCCGGGGCCCCCCCCCCCAAGGGCCGUUCCUCCGCAGGUCCUCGGCAGGCAGCCUCCGGAUAUCCUGGGCGCAGCUCCUCCGGCAUAUCCUCGCAGGCAGCUCCCCCGGGAUAUCCUCGGCAGGCGCUCCUCCGAAAGUCCUCGGCAGGCACUCCCCCGGAAAGUCUUCGGCAGGCGCCCCCCGGGAAAGUCCCGCAGCCGCUCCUCCGAAAGUCCUCGCGGGCAGCUCCUCCGGCAUAUCCCGGCGGCAGCCCCCGGGCAGCCCCUCCGGCAUAUCCCCGGCGCCCCCCCGGAAAAUUCCUGGGCAGGCGCUCCCCCGGGAAGUCUUCGGCGGCAGCUCCCGGCAGUCCUCGGGCCAGCUCCUCCGGAAAGCCCCGGCAGGCAGCCCCUCCGGAAAUUCCUGGGCAGCAUCCUCGGAUAUCUGGGCGGGCGCUCCUCCCAUAUCCUCGGGGCGCUCCCCCGGGUUGUCCUCGGCAGGCACCCCUCCGGCAAGUCCCGGCAGGCAGCUCCCCCGGCAAGUCCUCCAGGCAGCUCCUCCGGCAGUCCUCGGCAGGCACUCCCCCGGCAAGUCCUGGAGGCGCUCCUCCGGAAAAGUCCCCGGGCACACUCCCCGGCAUACCUCGGCGGGCAGCUCCCCCGGGAAAUUCCUGGGCGGGCAGCUCCUCCGGCAUUCCUGGGCAGGCAGCUCCCCCGGGCAACCCUCGGCAGGCACUCCCCCGGGCAUGCCCUCGGCAGGCAGCUCCCCCCAGCCCCCCGGCAGGAGCUCCUCCGGCUAUCCUCGGCGGCGCUCCUCCGGCGUCCGUUGCCCCCAACCCCUUGGCGGGCACCCCCACGCAAACCCGGUCGUUGGGUGCAGUCUAUCACCACCAUUUGCUUCUCCUGGCUCCUCGGCGGGCAUUUUCUCCUGUGCGCCCCGGGGGGGCAGUUUCUCCUGCGCGUCCGGGGCAGGCAUUCCCCCGGGGCGGCGACACUCCCGUGCGCCCUGGGAGGCGACGACCUCCGGUGCCCCUGGGCGGGCCCCCUCUCCGGCGACGAUCCCCGGGUGGCGUUCCCUGGGCAGGUAUUCCCUCCUGGAAGGCGACGACUCACCGGUGGUCCUGGGCGGCAGACUCUCCGGUGCCCCUGGCGGGCGACGCCAACCCGUGCGCCCUGGGAGGCACGUCCCCGGGUGCGUCCUGGCAGGAGGGAUCAUCCGGUCGCCCGGGCGGCGACGACUCAUGGGGUGGUCCUGGGCAGGCGACGACUCUGGGCGCGUCCGGGGCGGCGCGACCCCCGGCGCCGUCCGGGGGCAGGCGACGACUCCCCGGCGCGCCCGGGGGCAGCCCAAAUGCCACAACCAAAUCCAAGAUGGAAAACAGACAAGACAGUUGUCUGAGUUGCAAUGAACCUCCACAGAGUGAAAAUGUGAAAAUGCUUAAAGCCUGUCUUAUCAAUGCCAUAAAUCAAGCAGCCUCACAGACCAUACCUAAAAUAUGGCCUUGGUCCGGGAGUUACAAAGACGCCUGGUACUUUAUGACGAGAUUAAGGAGGUCACCAGAAAGUGACCAUGACUGGAAGGGGCAUGAGCACAGCACACAGCUUAGCAAGGCUCUUAAGCACAAUUAG